AUGGAAAAAGAUCAUACAUUACUUACGGCUAAUGAAUCCCCAAGGUUUUUAAAAAGCGUGUUUGUAUCUGUGCUGUCUGGCGGUACAGGUGCGUCUCUUAGUAGAACUGUAACCAGUCCUCUGGAACGGAUGAAAAUCAUCUUCCAAGUUCAAAGUAAUAAUGAAUAUAAUAGCAUAUUUUCGACAGUUUCCAAAAUAUGGAAACGGGAAGGCAUUCUUGGAUUUUUCCGUGGAAAUGGAACGAAUUGCUUAAGGGCAUUUCCCUACGGUGCAGUUCAAUUUGCGACUUACAGUGGAUUAAAACAACUUACGUUACAGGCCUCAUGUAGAAAUGAUCUAAACAAUUAUGAAAGAUUAAUCUUUGGAGCCAUCUCAGGAGCUGCUAGUGUCGUUAGCACUUAUCCAUUAGACAUUGCUAGGACAAGACUUUCAAUACAGACGGCGGGUUUAGUCAAAAAUAGUAUGAUUGAUGGUUGCAAUACCCAUUCACUAAAUCUCAUGUCAACUUUGAGGACAAUUUAUCGUAAUGAAGGAGGUAUUGCUGCAUUUUAUAGUGGUCUUCCGGCGACGCUACUUAAUGUAGUGCCUUAUGUAUCUAUUGUAUUUUUUACAUAUGAGUGGUGUAAAGAAUAUAUGUUUUCGGGACGAGAUCUCAGUGUCUUAGAAAAACUUUCUCUCGGUGGGUUUAGUGGAUUCGUUGCUCAAACAUUUGCAUUUCCAGCUGAUGUUCUUAGGCGAAGAUUCCAAGUAAACCGAAUACCUGGCAUUGGAUACCAUUACUCAAGUAUACCAGAUGCAAUGGUGAAAAUCUACAGCAAGGAAGGCCUGUUUGGUUUCUUCCGGGGAUACUUCAGUAAUUUGUUGAAAAUUAUCCCUGUCAUGAGUAUAACUUGGUAUACCUUUGAAACGAUUAAUAAGACGACUGCCGUAACUAUUUAA